UUCCUGAUAUUCGGCCACGGUAAAGCCGUUCAUCGGAUGAACCUGGAUGGGAAGCACCGGAGGAGACUUUUGGCCGGUGUGGGGAGCUCGAUCCUGUUCGACUUUCAUUACAGAGAGGAAGAUGUUUACUGGGCUGACAAACACACUGGGGUCAUCUACAAGGCGUCAGUGAGAGGAGCACAUAAACAGAAACUGCACUCAUCUGACAAGCACAUCUCGGGCCUGGCAGUGGACUGGAUCUGGAACAGCGUUUAUUGGACAAGUCGAGAAAAGGGAAAAAUCAAGAGAAUGGAUUUAAAUGGGAAAAAUGAGAGAACUUUAUUAAGACACUUGAACCAACCGAGUUCCAUAGUUGUUGACCCCACAGACAGGUUUCUUUUUUGGCUGUCUGGUGGGAUGACUCCCAGUAUCCAAAGGUCUGAUGUGACCGGCCAGGGGAAAACUACACUUAUUAAGAUGGCAGAGCAACUAAACUCACUGACGAUUGACCGACAAGACAAGAGACUGUUCUGGGUCCAGUUUGGUCUCCAAGGAGAAAGCGCCAUUGCCUCCUGUGAUUACAACGGAAACGCCCUUCACAUUAUAGAUCAGCCACUUUGGUCUCGGGUGCUGGGGAUAUCAGUUUUCCUGGAGAAUUUAUACUACACUGACGCUGAAUCUCGGAUUAUAAAACAAAUGAACAAGUACACUGGUGGAAAUGCACUGGAUGUGAACACAAAGCAAAUGACAAAGCCCCCGAUUCAAAUCAAGGUGGUACAUCCCCUCAACCAGCCACUGGCCGACUCCCUAUCUUCAUUCCCAGGUUGUGACAAACAGACUGGAAACUGUAUGAAUGUAUGCUCCAACAUGGCUGAACAAGGGGUUUGCCACUGCACUGAGGGUUUUGCUCUCAGUAAGCAAGGGACUCAUUGUGAAGACGUGAAUGAAUGUGCCCAUUGGAACCAUGGCUGCUCUCUUGGCUGUGAGAACAUUCCAGGCUCCUAUUUCUGUACCUGCCCAAAAGGAUACGCCCUCCUACCAGACAGGAAGACAUGUGGAGAGAUCUUGCCGUGUGAAGGGAAUAUGACCAACUGCGGCCAUGGCUGUCUGACAACAGCUGAGGGCAACGUGUGUGUGUGCCCUGAGGGAUCUAUACUGCAGGAUGAUGGACAAGCCUGUACUGGCUGCUCAUCGACGGACAUGGGGGGCUGCAGCCAGCUCUGUACUCCUGUCACCCCCAGUACGUGGCAGUGUGGUUGUCUGCCAGGCUACCGGCUCCACCAGGAUGGCAAGCGGUGCAUUGCAACCGGACCACCACCGUAUCUGCUAGUUGCCAAUUUUGUAGAUGUACUAAGAAUUAACCCUGACGGCACAGGGGAUCAAACCCUGGUGGAGGAGCCCAGAGGAACAAUCGUAGCUUUGGACUAUGACCCUGUCCAAAACAAUGUGUACUUCUCCAAUAUAAACCGAAAGACAAUUGAGCGGGUUGAUUUGAACGGUGGAUCCAGAGGCGUUGUCAUUUCUGAGGAUCUGAGCUCCCCGGAGGGACUGGCGAUUGACUGGGUCCAUCGCAGGAUGUACUGGACGGAUGAAAGUCGGUCAACUGUUGACUGCAGUAGCCUGGUUGGACUAAGCAGAGAAACUAUUGUGAGCAAAGGGCUGGAGAAACCAAGAGGAAUCACCGUUCAUCCUCUGGAAAAGAAGUUGUUCUGGACUGAUAUCGGUGCCCAGCCUGUGGUGGAAAGCGCAUCUUUGGAAGGAAAAGAGCGAACCAUCAUUGCCAGCACCAACCUUGUGUCACCCAGUGGCCUGGCCAUCGAUUUCACAGAGGAUCGUCUGUUCUGGUGCGACCAACACCGGGGUCUGGUGGAGACUGCUGCCCUGGACGGCUCCGACCGACGGAUCCUGUUAGAGAACCAAGUAGGUCGACCUUUUGACCUGGCAGUGUUCGAGGACAGGGUCUGGAUCUCUGACCGGGAUCACCGGCAGCUGACAAGCGUGCACAAGCGGACUGGGAAGAAACUCCAGAGUAUCCAUGGCAACAUGGUCCAGCCAGCAGCCAUUGUGGUGGUUCAUCCUCUCGCAAAGCCAGGAGCAGAUGUUUGCCUUCAUCUGAACGGAGGUUGUGCUCAUGUGUGUGAAAGCAAACUGGGACUGGCUCACUGCUCCUGUCUCUCGCGCUCCAUCCUAUCAGCUGACGGGAGAAGCUGCUCAUCUGCUGACGCCUCUAACGACACAGCAGAAUCUGGAGAGAGUGACCCCACUGAUGUAACGUCCCUCAAACGCAGUGAAUCAACUCUCUUCACUGACAAGAUGGUCUCAGACCAGAAUGAAUGCGACUCGCUGCGUUGUGACGUGAACGCCCAGUGCCUCCUUCAGGCCAGAAGCCCAGCCUGUCUGUGUCUGGAGGGUUUCACAGGUGAUGGACAGGUGUGUGUGGACAUUGAUGAAUGUAACCUGGGAGCACACAACUGUAACAGAAAUGCAGAAUGCCAAAAUACUUUGGGAAGGUAUCUCUGCAAAUGUCAGGCUGGAUUCCAGAGCGACGGGCAAACAUGUCACGAGCCGGAGGCGGCAUCGACGUGGGUGACGACCGGGAGCCCUGCUGACGUCACCACCCUGCACCACAUCAGUAACUCAGUGGAGAGCUGCCCCUCCUCCCAUGAGUCCUACUGUCUGUACCAGGGGGUCUGCUUCUACUUUCCUGAGAUGAAGUCAUAUGCCUGCAAUUGUCUGUUGGGCUACAUGGGCGAGCGCUGUCAGUUCAGUGAUCUGGAGUGGUGGGAGCUGCAGCAGGCCGAGGAGGAGAAGAGGAGGAACGUGGUGAUUGCGGCCUGCAUGGUGCUCCUCAUCUCCCUGCUCUCCAUCGCUGCCUGUGUCACCUACUGCUACGGAACCCGAAAGUUCUUCCGCAAACAGCCGUCAGUGGAUAACGUGAGUGAGACCAGUGUGACAGACGAGAGCACGUCAGAAACCACCACUGUGCCUCGGUUCUACUUGCUGAUGGAAAGUGGUGCAGAAGGAAAAGCCGUCCCUGCCAUGGGCUGUCCCGGGAGAGCCAUCUGUCCGUCGUGCUCUUCAGACACAGGUGACAACCACGUGUCUGAGGAGUCAGAAACAUUAUCCAAACACAACAGAGGGUAUGAGUGUUCCAUGGUGUCGGCUGUUGCCAUGGAGAUCACCCAACCCACAAGUCCAUCAUCAGCAAGUUCAUAUACGUGUUCAUCUUUCAAGCCACAGACAACGGCACCGGUCUCCCAGACAACGAGCCUGGAGUCCCCCGCUUCCUAGUUCAGCCGAGGGAACCGACACACCGCUGAACAGUUUGAACAUCGCAGACGUGCUGAGAUAUCUGGUUGAUGUACGAACUGCAGGUGAAGAGUUUCAUUCCAAAACUAUCAGUCCCCUUUAAUGCAAUUAGGCUGCACACACACACACACACACACACACACGCCAGAUUUUUCUCAUUCCCUGGCAAAUUGGUAAAAUCAUCAAAGAAUCUCGCAAUUAUACGGAAAUGAUUAAAUGACAAGUGUAAUGGUCUGUUUCUUGGCCCAUGUCCCAUCCGUUCUGCAUGAUAACAAAAACAACCAACUAACAAACAUGACCUCUUCAGUGGAGGUGAAGAAAUUGGAGCCAUAGCAACGAGCGCUCUUACAUCAAAACAUUAUGAAGCUGCAGAAUAUGUAUAUACAGUAGAGUAAGUGUCCUUAUCCACAAUAUGAUGGAGAGAGAAGUAUAUUCUGGAAGUAAUAUCGUGGUGUAAUGCAGUAUAACGCUCUGAUUCCUAGUUAUUUUAGUAAUCGGUAAGUUAAUUAAGUUAUAUUCUGAAGUAUUCGAGAAAAAUACAGUAUUUGGACUGAAACUCUUUCUCAUACUAAUUUACCUGUAGCUGGCAAAAAAACUUGCUAUGUAAUAUACAUGUGUACAGUUCGUCUUUCCUACAGACUUUCUAGAGUAGAGGCCAAACUACACACACACACUCACAUUGAACAUAUCUUUAUCAUGGAUCUGGAACAAGAACAGCAGUUACUUGAAAAAGUUUUUAAUUUUCUAAUAUCCAAACAAACUUCUGAAUUUCCUUGGAUCACUGUGGUUGUAGGAGAGCAAAUAAUAAACCGUGACUGCUUGUGUAUCUGUGGAGAUUCUCAGUCAUGUGCACAUGUGCAACUGCUUGCUAGUGUUAUAAAGGGACAUACUUUGUGUUGUUGUGUUUUGUUGUUUAGCAGUUAUUUACAUGUUUUUGUUAUAUAUUAUUGGAGUAAUUGUAGGACAAACGGUUAGAGCCUGAGCAAUAUUUUCAUUUUUGGAGCCGAUGGCGAUAAUAGGGAGUAAAACAUUUCUGAUUCUGACAUAUCAGCCAAAUAUAUACAUUGAAAAAAGAUCAAACCGUUAUGACAAAGAAAUGUAAUUGAGGUUUGAUAUUUUACAGUUUAACCAUAAACCUUACUUUUGUAUCAGCACACACAGAAGCUGGUAUCGAAGUGUGAGACUCAUAUUAGAUAUUGGUUUAUAUUAUUAUAUAAUCGGGUUCUGGUUAUUAAGAAAGUAAAAUGGUUUGUUUCUUGCUAAACAAAAUUGUUUGCAUUAACAUGUUCAUAUUCACCCAAGAACAACUACAUUAAAAUACCUAACAUGACAACCGUGAUACUGUUUGCAAAGUUUAUGCUUUAACUAUUUUAUUCAAAAGCGUUCUUGAAUCAGUGCUUUUAGGAAUAAGACCAGAACUGUUGAAGAGUUUGGAUAAACAUGUUGCUAUUGACUUAUUUCUCAUUUCAAUAAAGCAAAAGUGGGUACGAUUUUUUUAACAUUCAGCAUUUUUUUAUUCACAUUGUGUUCA